CUGGCUCCACCCACAGAUUGCUUUCCUUGAAGAGGCCAUUGGGAGCCCGGAUGGGGUCGGAGUGCCGUGUGCAUAUAAAACUCCAGUGGGAAACUAGCUGUCCUCUGCAAGCCCAGAGAAGGGGAAAUAGGAUUGGAGUGGCAAUAAGUAAUGGCACUUACUAUCUUUAUCCUCCGACUGGCUGUCGGCGUCCUGACGCUUCCCAUAUACCUGCUGAACUUUCUGGGGGUGUGGAGUUGGAUAUGUAAAAAAUGGUUCCCCUACUUCAUGCAAAAGUUCACCGUGAUGUAUAAUGAGCAGAUGAUGAGCAAGAAGCGGGAGCUCUUCAGCAACCUGCAGGACUUCGCGGGUCCCUCCGGGAAGCUCUCCCUGCUGGAGGUGGGGUGUGGCACCGGGGCCAACUUCAAGUUCUACCCGCCCGGAUGCAAGGUAACCUGUAUUGACCCCAACCCCAACUUUGAGAAGUUCUUGAUCGAUAGUGUUGCCAAGAACCGACACCUGCAGUUCGAGCACUUCAUAGUGGCCGUGGGGGAGAACAUGCACCAGGUGGCUGACGGCUCCGUGGACGUGGUGGUUUGCACCCUGGUUCUGUGCUCAGUGAACAGCCAGGAGAAGAUUCUCCAGGAGGUGCGCAGGGUGCUACGGCCGGGAGGGGCUUUUUAUUUCAUGGAGCACGUAGUAGCUGAACGGUCUACCUGGAAUUACUUCUGGCAGCAAGUCCUGAAUCCAGCCUGGUUCCUUCUGUUUGAUGGGUGCAACCUGACCAGAGAAAGCUGGAAGGCGCUGGAGAGGGCAGGUUUCUCUAAGCUGAAGCUCCAGCACCUACAGGCCCCGCUGCCCUGGGAGCUGGUGCGCCCCCACAUCUAUGGAUAUGCUGUGAAAUAGUGAAGGGGGAAUAGAGAGGUGAAUGGCUCAGAUUACUUAAGGCUUCAGUUUUACACUUAAUAUACUGCUUGGCAGAAGAGAAACCAUUUUUUUUUUUUUUUUUUUUUUUAAAGGUAAAACUGAAUUUCACUCCUAUGUUUAUUUUGUGACCUAUUUAGCCAUUUUCUCCAAAGAAUCAAAACCAAACCCACACAAAAAUCACCUUCGAACUCUCUUAAAAGCAAACAGUGGAAUUUCCUACUUAAAGUCUACCAUUCUCAACUUUACAUUAUUAAGUAACUUCAAAAACAGUCCAACUAUUUUACUUACAUUGUUACCCAAAAACUUUUAGUUUUUCCCUCUUUGAAAGUUUGGUGCUAACAGGCAGUUAACUCACUCAAAAGACUGACUGGCAGGAGAAAAGUGAAAAGAUUUUUCACAAAUUGAAUAAAGAAAUACUAGUCGAAAAUCCAAAUCUAAAUAGCACAGACUUUAAAAAUAGAAAUCUGAAUUGAUUUGUUAUUCUGAGUAAUCGCUGGGCUGGCUUUCAAAAUGAAUGUACCAGGAAGAUACACCUAGUUCUGCCCUGCUUUGUUACAUGGAUUAUUCUAGUAUUGUUUGUUCUUCAGCAUUCCAGUCUUAAUUCUUAACAUAAAUAUUGUACUUAACACUUGAGUAGAUCCAUAAAACUAUUUGAGGCAGUUAAGUUCUUGGGUUCAUUUUGUUAUCUAGCAUGUACUUUACUGAAUAUAGUGGACUGCAGUCAAGAAAAGGUCAACUCUAACUAGGAAAACCAGGUGUAAUCAGGUGCACUAAUUACAGGCAAUUGUUAAGCUUGUAGAGAAGUAAACAAGUAUUUUUAUAUUAUUAUUCUGAUCAAAUUUACAUUCCUGCCCCAAGAUGAUUUUUUUAUUCCUUGCAAUUAUGGAAAUGACUAUGUUUUUAUUCCUUGCAACUAUGGAAAAUCAUCACAAGUGCUUAAAAACAAGAGUUAGAUUGGUCAGCCAUAAGGUUUAAGAUUAAGAUUUUCUGCAAUAAUUUGUAUUUUAUAUAGUUUAUUUUCUGAGAUUUUUUGCAAAGGGACUAUUUUAAAUGUCAAAUCAACCAAAUCAUACAUUUUAGGAAUGGAAAUAAAAUUAAUGUUUAUAUCUCUGCUGGCUU